GGAUAUUUAACGUCGUAAACUGUGGUGUAUAAGCCAGAAAUGAUUAGACCAUUAAAAUUGAUUAAAAGUGCCUUCAUAGUUGGCUGGUAUUUGAUAUUAUACUCGGUUUUUGAUAUCAAUGGUCAGAUUGCAUCGGAGUACGGAUGUCCGCCGCAAGAAAGAAUUCUCCCUUGCAGAUGUUCAACUCGCGACACGGAAAUCCAAAUAUGGUGCAGUCAUAGCGAAUUAGCAAAAGUACUGGAAGGAUUAAAAGCAAUUAGCCAUUAUGUGGAUCGUCCGAUAGACGAGCUGAUUCUUGAGAAUAAUAAUUUACCUAGCCUCCCGGGAAAAGCAUUCGCUACUUUAAAAGUUUUACGUUUAAUGUUACGAAAUAAUAGAUUAGAAAGAGUGUCGUCUGGUUGGUUGGAAGGUUUACACGAUUCCUUGUUAGAAAUCUUCAUCGUGGAAUCUGAUUUACGUUCGUUACCUAUCGACAGUCUUGAAAAUCUUCAAGGUCUCGAAGCCAUAACUCUGCAAAGUCGAGUUAUGAAAAGAUUACCGAAAUUUUCUGGGCUUUCAAAAUUGAGAUAUCUUCAAAUAAAUUCACCCGCUUUAUUGGAAUUAGCGCCAAGGAAUUUUAAAGAACUUCCGAAUCUCGAAGAGUUACAUGCUUUCGGUAGUUCUCGUCUAGUUCGAUUGGAAGCUGGUCUCUUCCGUGAUUUGCCACGUUUGGAAUUGAUCAAUAUAACGGAUUGUGGUAUUCAUUGGAUUCAUCCUCGUACUAUGAUCAAUCUUCCAGAAUUGAAAGAAAUAUCUUUAGUCGGUAAUGAUAUUGCUGACGCUGGAAUGGUCGGUCGAGCUUGCAUGGAUCUUCCAUUACUUUCGGUGAUACGACUCGAUCGAAAUCAUAUUAAUAGGCUUGCGGAAGGUUCCUUCGUCGAUCUCCCUGUAUUAAAUCGUCUUUAUUUGUCGCGCAAUCUAAUAACUGAAAUUUUUGCCGGAUCAUUUCGUCAUUUACCGAAAUUGAAAACUAUCGAUCUUAAUCACAAUCUGAUACAUCGUAUACAUCCGGAAUUUGUUCCUCGGAGAUCUCCUAAUGGAUUGGAAGAAGUGUGGCUUAUCAAUAACGAUCUCAGUCACAUUGCCGAAAUACGAUCGGUUUUGGAAGCUUUGCCGAGAUUAAAAUUUCUCGAUGUAAGUUACAAUCAAUUGGAAGAAAUUCCAUACGGUGCAUUGAGAGGUCAUCUUACUUUGGAAAGAUUUCAUUUGGAUCACAAUCGAUUAGGAUUCUUGCAAAGGGAAACGUUUACUUCUAUGCCAGCUCUACGGGAACUUCGUCUUAGAAAUAAUUCAUUGUCAAAUUUAUUGGAAGCCCCAUUUUGGAAUUUGCCGGCACUCAAAGGAUUGGAUCUUUCGGAAAAUUAUUUUCGACACAUAGAGCCACGUCUUUUAGCGAAUUUACCUAAUUUAAGACAUUUGGAUCUAAGCGGUAAUUCUAUAGGGUUGAUAGAACCAGAAUCUUUCCGAAAUACACCUGCCCUGGAACACGUGAACGUUUCUGGAAACGCUUUAUCCAUACUGCAUCCUCUAACUUUCAGACACUUGACUAAUUUAUAUGAACUCGAUGUUGGUUGGAACCGAAUGUUAGAAAUUGUCCCGGGUUUGCCAAGAAACAUAGAACACCUUCAUAUGCCUAUGAAUCGAAUCGUUGCAUUGCCAUCUAUCGCAUCUCAAGAUCUUGCACUUCCGGUUUUAAGAAAAUUGGAUCUCAGUGCCAACGGAAUCGAAAGAAUACCACCUGGUGCUCUCAAUGAAUUGGCCAAUCUUCGUAAAUUGAUUUUGGGAUACAAUGCACUUAGAGUCAUAGAAGAUGGUACCUUCGAUGGUUUAUCCAAAUUAGAACAAUUGGAUUUAAGGUACAACCGAUUGGUUACGUUACACGGUAGAAGUUUUAGAUCGCUAAGAUCUUUAAUGGAUUUAAAUAUUCGUGGAAAUCGUUUGGAAAUUCUUAGACCGGAUAUCUUUCAAGAGAACACCAGGCUGCAAAGGCUUGAUUUUAGUAGAAAUAAUCUUGCACAAAUUCCUCAUUCCACAUUCGUAAAUACAAGGGACCUUCGGGAAUUGUACGCGUCGCACAACACUUUGACCGAGUUACCCGGAUCGUUGCACGGUUUAAUGGCUCUCGAAAUCCUCGACUUGAGCUUCAACAAACUGAACAUCCUGUCACCGGAAACACUGAGCAGUCUGUCGUCUUUACUUGAACUAAGACUGGUUAGAAAUCGAAUAAGGGAAUUACGAGAGGGUGCUUUUGAUGGUUUACCAAGAUUAUCUAUAAUCGAUCUCGAAAAUAAUGAUCUUAGGGUGAUCGAAAAGAAUGCGAUUAGAAGAUUGGCUGAAUUACAAGCUAUAAGACUUGGAAAAAAUCGUAUACAGACAAUUCCAGGGGGUGCAUUCUCCGAAUUACCCUUACUUCAAAGUGCAGAACUUCAAGAAAAUCAUAUUUUAGAAAUCGACAGUAAGGCUUUCAUCAGCGUGCCUCAUCUUCUCUUUCUAAAUUUGAGUAAUAAUCAUUUGCCGAGUUUGGAAUACGCUGGUUUAGAAAGUCUUCAAUCAUUAGAAGUUCUAGAUCUAAGUAAUAAUCGUUUGGCUCGAGUAUCCAGCGACAGCUUGGCUGCGAUGGAAUGGCUAGUCGAAUUAAAAAUGGAUAACAAUAGAAUUUGCGCAAUACAGGGUUCACCUUUCGACAAAAUGCCAAGAUUACGUGUCCUCAGUUUGAGAAGCAAUCGAAUGGCAUCCGUUUCGGAAAAUGCAUUUAAAAGAUUAAGAUCCAAUAUUGCUAUUUUGGAUAUCGAUGGAAAUCCUUUAUCAUGUUCUUGCGGUAUGUUAUGGUUGAGGGGAUGGUUACAACAAGCAUCGUCGGAAGGUCCGAGAUGUGCUGAUGGGUCUCUCUUUAAAGAAAUCAGAUUGUCUCGUCAAGAUUGUCAACAUGAAAGACUAAUUGUUCCUCCUGUUAAUCCUGGUUGCGAAGCUGAAAUAGUUAAUAACGUUACUCCUGCUUUAGGACUGAACGGAGCUACAGAAACGGUAUCACUCUGGAUGAAUUUAGAAAGCUCGACCACGAGACCAUCCGUUUCUCAUCAAAAUGAUUAUUACGAAUAUUUAAAUGAUCAUUCGAACGUGUCUACUUCCCUUCCAAUAGUAUCAACCGAAGCUACAAUUUUUCAAUCAGUUAAAAUUAUACAAAAUUCUGAAACUAUGAAAUAUUUAAAUACGAAGAAUGCAACAAAUCAAGUAAAAAAAAAUUCCUCUACAAUACCACCUUCGCCGAGUAGUUCAGGGUUUACUUUCUUUGGUGUUCCUUUGCCUAAUUUGAAUUUGAAUUUUUGGGGUAAUACUGGUAGAAAAGUAGAAAGGAAAGAAACAUCAGGAGGUAGACCUGGUAGAGGACGUUACAGAGUAUUUCCACCAACCGAGCCAGAAAUUCAUAGGGGUGGUUUUAUACCUUUACCACGAGGACAAGGUGGUUUCGUUCCUAUGAUUGACUUGCCUCAUUUUAUUUACGAUCAAAGACAAAUAAGGAAUGAUACUCCGAAAGACAAUCUAGAUCAGGGUACUAAUUAUAUUCGCAUACAAGAAGAACGUAAUUUGAAACAUUCGAAUGAUACCAUAUCUAAAUUAGAAAACAAUGUUUCAAAAACUAACAAGUCUCUAACAGGCUCAAAAAGUAAAGAUGAACUUUUUAUCUCAAAUAUUGUUGGCUCUUCGAGAUUUUCUAACAAUUUAACUGAAAAUGAGCCAUAUUCUUCAUUGAAUUUGACGAAAAGUAUUAAAUCGUCGCUACUUUCUAACGAAACGUUACGAAAAAGAAAUGAAACAUUUGUUCCAACAGAACUCGAUCGAGGUAAUAAAUUAAUAAUGAAUAUGAAAGAACGUAAAAUGAUUAAUGAUUCACGAAUGGAAAUUGCAAGUAAAAUUGUCUGGACGACACCAAGAACUGAUUUUGCGAAAAUGACAUUUCCAUCUAAUAAAGCAAUAGUAACAACAAUUAAUAAUAAUCAUGAAAAUUUAAAUGAUUUUCAAAGGAUAAAAGAUAAAAAUAUCUUUCGGAACACUGAGACGAUGGAAACUCAGAAAAUGGAAACGACUAUGACAAUGAUUAAUCCACAAAAUGAAGCUACUGAUAAUAUUCGUAUAGUUACAACGUACUAUCCAUCUACUUCUUCUUCUACAACAACAAUGGUGACGACUAUGACAGCCAAGACUACAACGACAAAUAAAUUGAAAGAUAAAAUUAUUGGAACUUCACAAACAAGUCGUAAGACAGAAGCAUCAGCUUUGUCAACUUUUCUGGCACCAGGUGGUCAAAUUUCUUCUUCCAUAUCAACAACUGGCUUACGUACUUUAGGUAGGCCAACGAUAACAAAAGUACCAUCUCCAUAUUUAGCUGAAACUACCGACCAUAGUCGAAACCAGGAUAAAGAAAAUCCUAUAGCUGGUGCUGUUCAAAGAAAUAUUGAAAAUUUGGAAUAUACAUUUUCAAACAACAAAGAAACGACUACCGUACAUGAUAAUGUUAAAAUAAUCGAAGAUAAUCGUUUUAAUUGGUACUUCCAACAUUACAAUGAUACCAAUUUAGAACCAUUUAUUGGAACGGUUUAUAGCAAUAGCAUUAAAGUGAGUACUUGUCGAUCUUUGUUAUUAUUUCAAUUAUGUUUUAUAUAUAUAUAUAUAUAAUCUAAUUUGAAGUACUAAAUCUAUUUUUU